AUGGCAGCAAUCCUAAUGUUUCUAUUUCUCCAGUUCGUUCGAAUAGGUGCGGAGCUCGAUGACAAUCCAAGUUCUAUAAGAAAAAAAUCAUCACUCAUUUCACUUUUCUUCUCUUCUUGGCAAUGCCACUUGGAGUUAUGGUAUUUUACUGUUUGUGAUUCUUAUGGUGGGAUGGUUAGACAAUCCGAAAUUGCGAUGAAUGCCGUUUCCAUCUGCAUGAACCUGCAACUGUGGGCUCUGAUGAUUGCUCUUGGUUUCAAUGCAGCCAUAAGUGUGAGAGUAUCAAAUGAGCUUGGAGCUGGAAAUCCUAAAGUAGCAAAAUUCUCAGUGGUGGUGACCGUUUUAACUUCAACAAUAAUUGGAGUUGUAUUCACAGCGUUGAUUCUGGUAACCAAGACUGGUAAACCAGCAGUCAUGAAGGAGGCAUCAAAGCUUGGUUACUUUUUGGCAGCAACAAUCUUCCUCAAUAGCAUCCAACCUGUGCUCCAUGGGGUGGCAGUGGGACUUCCUAUUGGUGCUGUUCUUGGCUACAAAAUAAAUCUAGGUGUUAAGGGCAUAUGGUCAGGAAUGUUGGCUGGUUGUGUUCUUCAAAUAAUCAUUCUGACUUUCGUCUUUCUGCGUACUAACUGGAACAAAGAAAUUGCUGAGAACGAUUCUGUGUUGAGAUUGAUGAGACCGAAGAAGAAGCGACCGAAGAAGAAGCGAUCGAAGAAGAAGCGACCGAAAUGGCCGAAGAGAAGCGGCCGAACAGCUAUUGGAGAAGAAGUGGAGAACUGGAUGAAUGAUGGAAGGGAAGCGACCGAAGAAACACCGUAG